AUGGCUACUUUCAUUUCAUUGUCAAUUCCAGGGUUGAAGUUAAAAGAGGAAAAGUCGAAGCAAUCUCAAGCUCAUGAACUACUUAAACAGUGUCUUCAGUCAUACAGAGAUAAUAUUGAGAAUUUAAACGAAAUUCCAGAGCUUUCACUAGUUCUAUUUAUUGCAGCAGAUGUAGGCAAUGUGGAGUUUUUGACUAUAAGAAGAGAAGUUUAUUUCAUUGCUGUUGAGAAGCGCCAUGAAAGCAUCUUCAAUUUACUUGCGGUAGGCUCAAUUAGAGAUCUAUUAGCAUAUAGAAUAGAUGAAGAUGGAAACAACAUGUUGCAUUUAGCUGCAGGAUUGGCACCUGAAGAUAAGCUUAAUGCUAUAUCAGGAGCAGCUCUUCAAAUACUAAUUAACAAGUCUCUCAUGGUAAUUCCUUAUGAUUUGCAAUGGAAGGAGGUGGAAAAGGCUGUAAGACCUGUAUUCAAAGAAAUGAAAAAUGGAAACGGGGGAACACCAUAUGUUUUAUUUGCGAAGAACCACAAGAAGUUAAGGAAGGAGGGAGAGAAGUGGAUGAUGAAUACAGCUAAAUCAUCUAUGGUGGUUGCAACACUAAAUGGAACUAUAGCCUUUUCUUACCAACCAGAUGAUAAAUUAAACCACCAAAGUCCUAAAUUAGGCCUGGCCUAUUCGGUUUCAAGCGCAAUUGCAGUAUUUUGCUCUUCAACAUCCCUAAUUACGUUCUUGAGCAUCCUUACCUCACGUUAUUCAUACGAGGACUUCCUUGUGUCGUUACCUGUUAAGUUGAUGAUUGGAGUCACUACUCUUUUCAUCUCAAUUGCUGCCAUGAUGGUUGCAUUUUCUGCAUCCUUUUGCUUGAAGAAUCAUAAUCACCAGGAAUUGCCAUUGAUUUUUUUGUCAUUGGUUUAUUUGCAUGUGUGCCAAUCUUGUACAUGUUGCUGA